AUGUACCAAGCACUGUUGUGUCUGUGCUCCGUUCACAAAGAGGCCCAUGAGGUCAGGGAGGUGAUGCCACGACACGCGAGUGAAGAGCAAACCAACGGGGUGUCUCCUGGAGGGCAUGCUACCAAGCUGUGCACAGCCAUCUCUCCCCAGUGGGACCCUGCCAUCGAAGGAGCAGCAAAACAGAGCCCCCAGUUUGGACUUGAAACCCAGGGAGAGAUUCCCACAGGCCCUUGUUGUUCCCCAGAGCCCCAGGAGCACAUUGAGGAGGAAGGGGGGGAGGAGGAGGAGGAGAGUGAAGGAAAAACAGUCCCUCUGUCAGACAGCCCCGGAGAGGGGUUACAGCUGUCCCGGAGCAACCCAUCUGUAGGUCCAGAGAGCCCAAGCUCCAGUGACAUGGCCUCCUCACCCAUGCCUCGUGGUAGGGGCCCCUGGCUCAGCCCCCGCUUGGCUAACUGAUCUUGUAAGCUAUUUGGCCCUGGGAGUGAGAGUUUCUCUGGCGUCAAGAGCUUGUCUCCCCAAGACCACCAGAAUGGAGAGACAGAGCCUUGGGGCUUCACCAAGCCUCCCAGAGACAGGAGGAGCCCAAAGGGCACUGCCCAGCCCCUCUGGAGGCCCUAAUGUUGUGCCGUGUGCCGCAAGGCCUUCCUGCAGCUCUGCCACCUGAAGAAGCACCAGUUUAUGCAUGCUGGGCACAAGCCAUUCCUGUGCACAGAAUGUGGCAAGAGCUACAGCUCUGAGGAGAGCUUCGAGGCCCACGUCCUGGGACAUCAGGGAGUGCAGCCCUUCCCCUGCCCCCAGUGAGACCUACCUGAGCACCAGGUGGUACACUUGGGUGCCCGCCCCUUCACAUGUGACCAGUGUGGGAAGGCCUUCACCCGAUGGUCUUCCUUACAGCUCCAUCACAAGGCCCACCGCGUGCCUGCUGUCCCCACCCCAUGCCCCUGCCCCAUCUGCGGACACCCCCCGGCCAACCGAGGCUCCCUGCACAACCACAUGCACCUCCACACGGAAGAGAAGCCCUUCCUGUGCCCCCAUUGUGGCCAGGCCUUCCGCCAGCAUGGCAACCUGAGGGGACACCUGCGCCUUCACACUGGCGAGCGGCCCUACUGCUGCCCCCACUGCGCGGAUGCCUUUCCCCAGCUGCCGGAGCUGCGGGGACAUCUCAUGUCUCACACAGGCGAGGCCCAUCUCUGCCCAGCGUGCAGCAGAGCCCUGUGGGAUCCCCACACACUCCAAGCUCACGAACACCUGCGCUCUGGUGAAAAGCCCUUUUCCUGCCCGCAGUGUGGCCCAUACGCUCUGGCCACCAAGCUGCGACGCCACCUCGAGUCUCAUCUGGCAGCCAAGCCUUUCCACUGCCCAACCUGUGGCGUGGGCUUCACCCUGCUGCGGAGUCUCCAAAGGCACCAGCUCAGCCAUCAGAGUAAGACCACCAGCAGCUGCACCCCUGCCCCAGCCAAGCCCGCCAUGGCGCUGCUCCGGGCAGAGAUGGAGCUGCGAGUCACCCCAAGCGAAGGGGAUUCCUCCCCCACCCCAGCUUCUCACCCAGCGGAUGUCAUGGAAGUCACCAUUUCAGAGAGUGAGGACAGAUGCCUUGUGGCUCAGGAAGAGUCAGGCCCCGGGCACAGCCUGGUCAUUCAAGAGAGUGGGGGGGGGUUCAGCACUGUGGCUGAGGUGGCGGAAGUAGAGACGGGCCCCCUGACAUCCCAGCUGGCCCUUCCACAAAAUCCCAUCUUACAUAUAAAGAUGUCUGUUUUCUAGCUGCUUGUCUCUAGUGUCUCCCUGGACCCAUUCUUUGUAUUUGUCCAACUGGAAGCAGAAGGAGAAGGUCAAAUGUCCCUCCCUGGGCAGGACCUUGGCCAGCCUUGGGAAAGCUCCUGGUCGUCUGCUGGUGGGAGUUGUUAUCUGCUCUGAGCCCAGUUAUUCCCAGAGGCUCAGCGGAGUGUCAGGUGUCUCUGCGCACCUGGCCUGUGAACUGAGCCUCAGAUGAGACAGAAGCUUCCCAUGUGAGGCUUGUGAACCAGUCCCUCCCUCUCACCAGGGAGGCUUGGGAAUCUCUGCUGGGAGAAUGGAAAGGUGGGAACAGCAUUCAGCCUCUUAGAGGCCAGAGUCAGGCACUUCCCCAUCAGGAAUAGAGGUCAUGUGAUGUCCUUUCUUAGCUCAUCAGAUCCCAAGGGAAUAAGCCAGCUGGCUUCAGGCAGUCAGCAAAUGUGAAUUAAGCACCUGUUCUGUGCCAGGCAGUGUACUCCAUGGUGGGGAUACAAAGAAAGGCAGAAAUGGUUCCUGUUUUUUGUUAUACAAGAACACAGACUGAACAACAGCUUGGUGGAAUUGGAGGGAGGAAAGCCUGGGUUCCAAUCUUGCCUCAGACACUAGUGGUGUGACCCUGGACAAGUCACUGAUCUCUGUGAGCCUUCAUUUUCCUUAGCUGCAUAAUGGGGAUAAUAACUGUGUUAGGAAUAAAUGAGAUAGUGUGUAUCAGGUGCUCUCUAAAUUUUAGCUGUUAUUUUUGGUGGGACACUAUUUUGGAAGGGGCCAGAUGUUAAUAAUAGCUGGUGUUUAUAUAAAGGUUAAUUGAACAUCUUGAA